AUGUCUGAAGAGCUCACCAAGGUUGACUCGGCCAUCGCUGGCUUGACGAUAUCCCCCAAGGAUGAGAAAGCCCCCGACAAGGAGACCAAGAAGGGUCACAGACGUACCUCCUCCCAUGCAGAGGGCAUCUACAACAUCAAAGAACUGGAGGAGAAAAAGAUUGAAAUCACUCUUCCGAUUGAAACCCAAAAGACCGGAUGGAAGCUGAACACCUCACCGUCGACCGUCGAGGACAAAGAUAUGCUCAAGCUUUUCCUGAUCAACCCCCCGGUCAAGAAAAUUGAUCUGCACUUCCCGUUAGGGUUGGAAGUAACCGCUCGUAACAUGAAGGGCGUCACGAUAAAGGAUGCGCUGGACGCAAUCUACAAGCAGUUCAAGAAGAAGGCCGAUGAUGAAUUGGAUAAGCCUUACCUCGCUGGUUUCGAGUGGGACAAGGAGGAGUGCUGGACACGUCUCAUUGUUCACCAGACCAAGCAGGGCCCACCACAACAGCCCAGCAAGAAGUCCAAGAAGAAGAAGGCAGACGAGGCGUGA